AACGCCGUUAAACUAAUGCCCUCCAUUAAAAAAAUAAUUUCUUUCAGUUACAACACAGAUCCCGCAACAGAACGUACCGCCGGCGAGUUCAAAGUCGUGGUGGGCUCCACCCAACUUUUUGUCAAAGAAGCCAAUAUGCUGCAAUAUUAUGUCCAGGAACUUGUGAGGCAUGUCGGUUUUGAUAGCGUCAGCAUGGUAAAUGAUAUAGCCUUGGUCUUCAUUAAUGGUUAUAUACCAUGGAAUUGGCCAACGGCAAAGGCAAUACAUUUAAAUGACAUGGAAUUGAAUGAUGGUGUACCCUGUAAUGUCAGUGGUUGGGGUAAUACGGAAAUGGGCACUAUACCCAACAACCUGCUGUCAACUGUGGUGCGCAGCAUAUCCUACGCCGAUUGUGAUUCGGUUUAUGGUAACAUACCGCUGACCAUGAUUUGUGCUGGCAACUUUAUGGCCGGUGGUGUUGAUGCUUGCCAAGGCGAUUCUGGUGGUCCAAUGGUCUGUGCCGACAGUCAAGUUGGCAUUGUAUCGUGGGGUAUUGGUUGUGGCCAGCGUUUUAAUCCCGGCGUCUACACAAAUGUUUCGUCAUUUCACAAUUGGAUUGUACAGGCCAAUAACACCUUUAAUUAUACCCUCUAUAGAAAUAGUGCUGGUAAUUUGAAAUCUGCAUAUGUUCCAGUUUUUAUAAUCUGUAGUUUAUUAAAGUUUUUCAAAUUGUUUUAAAAUUUAAGUUUAAGAAAAAUUGUGGGGAAAAUUGAAUUUAUUGCAGAAAUUCGAAUGUAGACUAAAAUUGGCAUUUAUU